AUGAAUAAGCGAUUAGAACGCAGUAGUAAACUAUUGACGCUUUCCCCCUAUAUGGAUGAUGCGGGUGUAAUUCGUGUAAAGGGACGAAUCGACAGCGCGUACACAAUUCCAGUAAGCACUCGAAGGCUCGUUAUUUUGCCUCGAGCACACCACGUCACAGAUCUGAUUGUUAGCCUUUAUCAUCGCCGGUGGAAACACCAAAACGAAGGAACAAUAAUAGCCGGAAUACGCCGAAAAUUAUGGAUACCGCACAUGCGAGUAGCAGAGCGACGUGCUGCGAGAGAAUGUCAGAAAUGCAAAAUUAAUAGAGCUCAACCCGAAACCCCGCUUAUGGGUCCGUUGCCGCAGGAUAUGUUGACGCCAUUUGUGAGGCCAUUUGCCUAUGUAGGCCUAGAUUACAUGGGGCCCUUUUUCGUCACCAUAGGUCGGCGCAAAGAGAAGCGUUGGAUUGCGCUCUUUACCUGUUUAACGACUCGCGCAGUACAUAUGGAAGUUGCUAGAGAUCUUAGCACGGACUCUUGCCUGCUAUGUAUACGAAACUUUACGAGUAGACGAGGAACCCCUGUUCGCAUACGUUCCGACAACGCUACGAACUUUAUCGGAGAGGACAACGAACUUCAAAGACAACUCGCUGAUUUUGACUCCGGAAAAAUUGCUGACAAUUUGGCGAACAAACGCAUAGAAUCGGUAUUCAACACUCCGUUAAACCCUCACGCUGGAGGAUGUUGGGAGCGUUUAGUGCGCAGCGUAAAACGAGCCAUGGGGCAUGCGCUCUAUAACGAAAACCUACAAGAGCACUGCCUUUAUAGCCUGAUGUGUGAAGCGGAGAAUAUGGUUAACUCGCGGCCGCUAACCCAUAUACCAAUAGACACCCCCACCGACGAACCCAUAACCCCGAAUCACUUUCUUUUAGGUACAGCUAACACCGAGCAGACGCCUCAUCCACGGGAAGAGGAGCACCGUGCUUCUAGAAAGCAAUGGAGGAAGGUACAACAAGCGCAGCACCGUUUCUGGAAGAAAUGUAUUUCCGAGUAUCUCCCGGAUCUGUGCCGUCGGACCAAAUGGUAUCAGCCUGUACAACCGUUGCGUGUUGGAGACGUCGUGCUAGUUGUGGAUAGCAACAUACAUCGUUCUCGAUGGCCGCUGGGCUUAGUCACUCAAGUGUUUCCUGGUAAGGACCUACAGGUCCGAAGUGCAGAGGUUCGAACCCGGGCGGGGAUAUUUAAACGGCCCGCUUGUUUGUUGGCGAAAUUGGACAUUAGUGAAUCUGUCUAG